AGGGCCGUCCCAGGCGGUCCAGCUCUUAGCCUGGGCAGGAGCCGCCGAGAGCCUCUGCUCAGUUCAGCUUCGCGCAGCGCCGGGGAGCCCCGCACGGCUCUGGCUGGUGCCUCCGCCCCGCCGGGUCACUGUGCUCCUGCCCCCUCUGAGGCUGCACCCCUGCGCCCGAGAGAUGUUGUGAUGUGUAUGAAGAAGCACUGAGAUUUGGUGCACCUGAAUGAUGCCCCUGUUAUCAGUCCCAAUGUGCUACGGUGCUGAUUGAAAGUAGGUUCCAGAAGGAUUAACACCAUACAUUGUGUCAAUGACACAUCCUUUGGGCUCAGAAUUUCUAUGCCAAGUUUAAAACGCAGGUUCAACAGUGUGACCAAUCUUGAUUCAUACACUCACAGCAAAGCCUCCAUCUGUCUCAUGGAUUAUAGAUCUAAAUUGAUGGCUUCAGUAACAGAUGCCAGAUACAGACACAACGAUGCUUCAGACCAAAAUUUCGAUUACAUGUUCAAACUCCUGAUCAUCGGCAACAGCAGCGUGGGCAAAACAUCCUUCCUCUUCAGAUAUGUUGAUGACACUUUCACACCAGCUUUUGUUAGCACAGUUGGAAUUGACUUCAAAGUGAAAACUGUUUACAGGAAUGACAAGCGGGUGAAACUGCAGAUCUGGGAUACUGCUGGACAAGAGAGAUAUAGGACCAUCACUACAGCCUAUUAUCGAGGCGCAAUGGGGUUCAUCCUGAUGUAUGAUAUCACCAGUGAAGAGUCGUUCAAUGCAGUGCAGGACUGGGCCACUCAGAUCAAGACCUAUUCCUGGGAUAAUGCACAAGUCAUUGUGGUUGGAAACAAGUGUGACAUGGAGGAUGAAAGAAUCAUUCCUCUGGAAAAGGGUAAACAUCUGGCUGAUCAGUUAGGUUUUGAUUAUUUUGACGCCAGUGCCAAAGAGAACAUCAAUGUGAGACAGGUCUUUGAGCGCCUAGUGGAUAUAAUCUGUGAAAAGAUGUCAGAAAGUAUAGAGUCUGACCCAUCCAGAGGCAGUUCUGGGAAGAACAUGCGACUCACAGACAACCCACCCUCUUUGCAGCAGAACUGUUCCUGCUAGUUUAAUCUCUGUGAAAUCUCUCUCUUCCCUUCCCUGAACACACUCUAUCUUUUCACAUGUGAUACUGUAUUACCAUAUCAUCUAAAGGCUGAAGUUUCUGUUAUAGUGGAAAUGGAUGUGGCUGUUAAAUGUCCUGGAAAGUUUAAUGUUAAAUACAUUUAAUACACCUAA